AUGCUCGACCACGAACUCAUGGAAACCCUAUUGGCAGUGAUUUCGUAUAAUAUGUCGAUCGAAACAUAUAAGGCUAUUAUGAGGACGUGCAUGAUAAUUAUUUCAGGGUCUUUAUUCAGGUUUGUUAACGAAUCGAUUGAAGAUUAUUUGCCGGUAUUUGAUUCCUUGACGGAAUAUAUUGAUAAUAUUGACGUUAUCGUGAAUAAGCUUCAGUUGCAAGAUAGCAAGAUUAACUCCUAUACGUUGAGCUUCGUGACGGAUUUAAUUAAUACCGCAUUAAACUUCGACUACGAUGGGAUAAUCCCAAUAGCUGAAAGACUAAAGCAAGUAGAUUUUUUUGGCAUAGUAGACAAAACAAUAUCUACUGAGGAUGAAACCAUAGAAGAACUGGUUGUUCUGUUAAAGAUUGUAUAUUAUAGAUUAAAUGAAUUUUUGCAAGUGACAAGAUUUAACUUGACAAUCAAGUCUCAUAAGAUGUUAUUAGAAGGUCUUUUCAGUUCAUUGGACAUGUCUUUAAAUGAGAGCGGUACACUUGCAACCCCCCAAGAUUAUGCUGAAGCUGGCUUUACGGAAAACCCUAAGGAGUAUGUUGCAAACAAUUUUUCUAUUUUGUCGGCAAUCGAGCUUGGAAUAGUUUUAAGAAAUCCUAUUCAAACGUUUAAAAAGAGAUUCCACCAAGAGUUAAUGCUAGACCAUAAAAUAACGUUCCCACUCAGCAUUUUUAUAAAUAGAAUAGUGGAAAUGUGGGUUAGUAUAUUCGAAGACAUCGAGCAAUACCCAAAUAUCCAUUCAUUAGUCCUUAAAUGGGAAAAGAUGAUUUACUAUUCUAUGACUAGCUGUUUGGUAUUUUGGCAAGACGCAAAAUGUCAGUUAGAUGUAGCCGAUGAUGUCGACAAGAUCGUAGAAUUGCUAAAGCCAAAUAUUGAAAAAUUAGAAUAUAAGAAAACCGAAUCUGUUGAGGAGUGUUUAAAUUCGUCGAGUCUGAUUGAUAAUUUAAGAGGGAUUCAAGUACAAAAUCUCAAACGUCUCCACCAUCAGAAAUGGAAUAAUAAACUAAACCAAUUUAAUGAACAUUUAUCCAACGAAGCGAUGGAUUUUCUCUGUGAACAGAGAGUCAUCCAAUUGUUAAAGGGCUCAUGGGUUUAUACAGAAAAAUAUGGUCAGUAUCUAUUGAACCGUGAGAGCCCAAAACCGUCUCACAAGUAUUAUUUCAUAUUGCUAUCACCAAACAGAAAGCAGAUCUAUUAUAAGAAAUUUUCAGAAAAACCGUCCAUUACCCCUUCUUUCGAACAGAUGGAAAGUCAUUCAAUUAAGUUAGCUGAGAUCCUCAAUUUUCAGUCAACAAAACUUAACGAAAAGCUGGGUGACAAGGAAAAGAGUAACAAUAACGUUGUUUCAGUCAGAGGAACUAUCUCCUACGAGAAGCUAAUCUUGGUUGGCGCAAAUGAUACUAAAUUGCUUAGUUUUGUUACCGAUACAGAAGUUAACAAGUACGUUUGGUUAGACGGUUUAAAAAUGUUAAAAGGAAUGGUCAAUAAGGGUGAUCUUUCUGUAGAAACAGAAAGACAAUUAAAUUAUUUGAUAGAUAUUAGAAGAACUACGCAAUUGCUUAAUCUUGAGGAUAAAGAAGUGGAAAACUACAUUACCGAACAUGCUAAUAAUAGUGAUGACGAUGAUUCCUACGAUUUGAAUGAAUUAUCAGAGGUUACAAAAGAUACUUAUUUUUACAAGUAA